AUGGCUGUACCUUUUUAUCCGCCGUACUCCCUCGCCGGCCGAGUCGCGAUAGUCACCGGUUCAUCUCGUGGAAUUGGCCGAGCCAUAGCUAUACACCUCGCCGAGCUCGGCGCAAAGGUACUCAUCAACUACACCACCAGAUCCACUGACGCCGAUCAAGUCGCCGCUGAAAUCAACUCAUCCGCCGGUGCUAAUGGUCCGGAACCGGUAGCAUUCGUCUUCCGCGCCGAUAUCUCGGACUCAAGCCAGGUAGAGUCUCUCUUCGACGCGGCGGAGAAAGCCUUCAACUCGCAGGUUCACAUCCUGGUUAACUCAGCUGGGAUCGUCGAUCCCAACUACCCCACCAUCGCCAACACUCCCAUUGAGGAUUUCGAUCGCAUCUUCAGGGUGAACACGAGAGGAUCAUUCUUGUGCUGUAAAGAAGCUGCCAAGAGGCUAAAACGUGGAGGCGGUGGUCGGAUCAUACUCCUAACUUCCUCCUUAACCGAGGCGCUAAUCCCGGGACAAGGAGCUUACACAGCAUCAAAAGCAGCCGUUGAAACAAUGGCGAAGAUUCUCGCCAAGGAACUCAAAGGCUCAGGGAUCGCUGCAAACUGUGUUUCUCCAGGUCCUGUCGCCACUGAGAUGUUCUUCAGUGGGAAGAGCGAGGAGACAGUGCGGAGUAUCAUUGAAAGGAGUCCUUUUGGUAGACUUGGUGAGACCAGAGACAUUGCUCCUGUCGUUGGUUUCUUAGCUAGUGAUGGUGGUGAGUGGAUCAAUGGCCAAGUCAUUGUAGCUAACGGUGCAUUCCUUAAAUGA